CUAAGUAUAUAAUUGAACGCUAUCCUUUUUUUUAUUUAGUUGGAUAUUGGAUAACGUAAGUAGUUAAGAACAAAAUAUUUAACCAAGGAGGUGUCUCAAAAAUGAAAACGAUGAUAUUCAACAGAAUAGCAAUUCUAUUAUUGGUGCUCGUAUAUUUAAGCGAAGAAGUGGUUGGUAGUGACGACAGAAGUGUCAACAUAGUAGACAGGACGCUGGUCCCCACAACGCCCAAUGUUAAUACUAAAGGUCUAACGCGAAGUUCUGGAUCUGAUGAAGUCAACGGUAAAGGAUCAAUAAGGAGGGAUCUUGCCCUUAUGGCAGCUCUGGAGUCUCCGGAAGAGAAUUUAGUGAUUUCGCCAGUAUCUGUGGUAGCACUUUUGUCUCAAUUUCUACUUGGAGCCACUGGGAAAACCGAGACAGAACUAGUGCAGGCGGUGGGGAUGGAUAAGACACAGUUGUCAAGAGAUUUAAAACCUCUUUUAGCAGUUUUGAAUCAAAAAGUCGAAAAUAUGACGAUUCAUUCAGUCACAAAGUUGUUUGUGGACCAAAGUAUUAAAUUAUUGGAGACAUUCGAAAGUAAAAAUAAGUUAUUUUUGGACAACUCCGUAAAAAAAAUUGAGUUUUCUAAAUCUGUAGAAUCUGCAAAAGUUAUCAAUGACUGGGUAUCUGAAGAAACAAAUGAUAAAAUAAAGAAUAUGGUAACUCCUAAGGAAGUAGCUAACGCCGUGAUGAUUGGAUUAAAUGCUAUUUAUUUCAAGGGUGUUUGGCAAACAAAAUUCAAUGAUGCUAGACCAGGACAGUUCACUACAAAUAAUGGUGUAGCUACAGUGCCUAUGAUGAGUGUCACUGACUUCUUCGAAUAUACGAACAGCACGGAUUUGGAUGCGCAGAUGAUAAGAAUACCUUACCAAGGGAAUGUGUCAUCAAUGGUCAUUAUUUUGCCUUCUGGAAAGAAGGACCUUCCCUCGCUGCUAAGGAAACUUAGGCAGUCGCCAGAACUUCUGAACAAGAACCUGGAAGCACUCAGAAAGGAUCUAUAUCCCUCAAAUUAUAAACAGCUAGAUCUUACAAUGCCUAAAUUUAAGAUCGAAAAUGAGAUCAAUCUGAAACCGUUGUGUAAAAAGCUGGGUUUGGAGGCGAUAUUUGAGUCUGACACCGGGCUCAGUGAGAUGUCGGCAUCACCGCUAUCCGCCAACGCGAUCAAGCAGAAAGCAUUCCUAUCAGUGACAGAGACAGGCACGGAGGCGACUGCAGCCACAGAAAUUGAUGGUGUAAGUUCUUCGGCGCCGUCACCGUUUGAAAUGAACGUCGAUCAUCCGUUCUGCUACAUCAUACAGACCCAAAAUGAAAUUAUAUUCGGUGGAAUAGUUAACAGCCCUUAAGGGGACAGUCAUUAUGCCACACAUUUAAAGAUAGACAGAUAGAUAGAUAUUCUUUAUUUGUACGAAAAACAUGGACAAAAUUACAAAAAACUUUUGCCGUUAGGCGUCAGCGUCAGUUCUAUUUAUUGAUAUCGUGGUUCGAUUAUUCUUUUCCUAUAUGGCGAUGCUCAUGUUUUUAUUUACCGAGAAUAAAAUAUAUUGUAUGUUUCUAAACUUCAAGGGUUCAAA